AUGUUCUACUUCCACUGCCCCCCGCAGCUAGAGGGAGCGGCCCCCUUCGGAGGUCACUCCGUCGGCGACUUCGACGACGGGUUCCUGCGAAGGAAGCAGCGCCGCAACCGCACUACUUUCACCCUGCAGCAGCUCGAGGCACUGGAAGCCGUUUUUGCCCAAACCCACUACCCCGAUGUAUUCACUAGGGAAGAACUGGCUAUGAAAAUUAACCUCACGGAAGCCAGGGUGCAGGUGUGGUUCCAAAACCGAAGAGCUAAAUGGAGAAAAACAGAGAGAGGUGCUUCAGACCAAGAGAGCUCUAAGGAAACAAUGGCUGAGGUGGCACCUCCUGUGAGGAAUUUAAAUUCCCCUUCUCCAGCAGAUCAAACUAGGAAUAAAAAAGAGAGUCUGGAGAUCCACCAGAGCCUGAGUCGAACAGUGGGUCCUACAGGACCUUUCUUCCCUUCCUGCCUGCCAGGGACUCUUCUCAACACAGCCACCUAUGCACAAGCUUUAUCUCAUGUCGCCUCGCUAAAAGGGAGCCCACUGUGCUCAUGCUGUGUUCCAGACCCCAUGGGCCUUUCAUUCCUGCCCACCUACGGCUGCCAAAGCAACCGCACUGCCAGCGUGGCCGCGCUGCGCAUGAAGGCCCGGGAGCACUCGGAGGCCGUGCUGCAGUCUGCCAACCUCCUGCCCGCUGCCAGCAGCAGCCCCACUCCUCCCAACAAACUCAGCCCUGAGAGCAGCCAGGACAAGCAGCCCUCUCCAGCCAAGGAGCACGUGGAAGGAGAGAAGAGCGUAUGA